AUGAACGACAUCAACAUAAACAUAUCAGUAGGUAGUAAAAAACGAAAAACUGAAGGGCCUGUAGCUAACGCAGCUAGUGAAGUUGCAGUGUUAGGACAUGUUCACCUAAAUCCCAUGAUAAGUAUGAGGCAACUAGCAGCUACAUCUAUAAUCAACCGAACUAGCGUCCAAGUUAUUUUGAAGAUGAACAAAUUCCAUUCAUUUAAAAUACACUUACUUCAAAAACUUAAUGGGGAUGAUUAUGACCGCAGUUUGUAA